CGACUUAGGUAGUACCGAUUUAGGGCGUUGUGGGGUGUGAUUUCACUUCCCCAUACGUAACCGUACUCCCGAACCCAUAUCUCUUAAUCGCAAACCAUAUCUCGGUUCCGACCUUAAGGUUAGAGCCGAUCCAAAGAGUGUUCGAUCCACUCCAAGUAAGAUCGAUGGUGACUCCCAAAAUGUCGACGGGACGACAACGGACCCCCAGAGGGACGGUUGCGACACACUGAAUACAGAGUUUAGCAUCAAAGACAUGGGUGAUUUGAAGUUCUUUUUGGGUAUUGAAGUGGCUAGAAAUGCAUCUGGGAUUCAUAUUUCACAAAGGAAGUACACUCUUGAGAUUAUUGAAGAAGCACGGCUUCUUGAUUCUAAUACAGUUUCCACUCCAAUGGACUACAAGCUACAUUUAUCCAAUGAAUCUUUAGCACCAUAUGAAGAUCCUGAAUUCUACAGAACACUUGUUGGGAAGUUCAUUUAUCCAACUACUACAAGGCCAGACAUAAGUUACGCUACUCAGCAACUUAGUCAAUAUAUGGCUUAUCCUAGUGUUCUUCAUUUUAAGGCAGUUCAGGGGAUUAUAAGGUACCUCAAAUCAUCUCCUGCGUCAAGACUUUUCUUUCCCAGCAAAGGCUCUUUCCACUUGAAAGCCUUCUCCGAUUCAAACUGGGCAGCUUGUGUCGACGCCAGUCGAUCCAUAUCUGGCUAUGCCAUCUAUCUUGGAGAUGCUCUUUUCUCUUGGAAAUGCAAGAAACAGAAGACGGUCUCACGCUCUUCAUGUGAGGCAGAGUAUCAAGCGCUUGCUUUCACCUCAUGUGGGAUUCAGUGGCUUCUUUAUUUGCUACGUGAUUUUCAGGUACCUCAUCAACAACGUGCAACACUUUUCUGUGACAAUCAGAGUGCUAUCUACAUUGCUCAGAAUCCUACCUUCCAUGAAAGAACAAAGUAUAUUGAAUUGGAUUGCCACCUUGUUCGUGAGAAGCUGCUCAACAGGACGAUCAAGAUACUUCAUGUUUCCAGCUCCCACCAGUUAGCUUAUUUGUUCACAAAGCCUUUAUCACCAGCUGCUUUUCGAUUUCUCCUCUCCAAGCUCGGUGUGCGCAACCUCUGCCUACCAACUUGCUGCCGGGGGGGGGGGGGGGUAACAGCAAGGGGUUUCAAAUCCCCUUUUGAUUUCAAUGUGACCAUUGAUCCUACACCCGCCAACUAGGAAGAAGAAUGAAGUUCAAACUUGUCAAUGCACAACGUUUAUGGGAAACGUUGUCGUUCUGUUCAACUUCUUUUUAGCUUCGUUUGCUUUAUUGCCAAGACAGUCUUUGUUUCCUUUUCAAGCAAACCAACAAAUGUGUACCUGGUUUGCACUCUUGUUGUCUUCUGCAAUGUCUGUAAUAUAUAAACCAAAAUGAAUCAAUGAGAAACUCAAGCCUUAGGGUUUCAAUUGUUGUUACUCUGUGCUUUAGUUCAUAUCGAACAGUAAUUCGUAUUUGCUGAUAUUAUGAAAAAGAUGUUCGUAUGAAUCCCCAGGCAAAUCAAACGUUAGGAUUGUAAGAAAAAUGUGAUGUUGGG